GCCUUCCUCCCCUCUGCAGCCUUUUGCAUGUAUUUUUCUUUCUGUUUUGUAAUUUUGAACAUUUUGCAAGACGAGGGGUUCCAGACAGGUGAGAACAUCCUGCACGUCUCGAGGAGCCCGCGGGCACUUGGCGCGCUCUCUGGGGACUGUCUUCACUGGCAACCCGAAAGUUUUUUGGCUUUUAUUUUUAUGCAGAUGUAUUUAUAAAGAAAUAAGUAAUUUUUUUUCUUUCCUUGUCUCCACCGCCUUGCAAGCGAGCACUUUUGGCAAAGGACGGAGAAAAGAGCUCAGCAACAUUUUGGGGGACUGUUGGUUUUUAUUGUUUUAAGAAAAACAAAUUGAGUGCAUCGCGAUGGAGAAAAUGUCCCGACCGCUCCCCCUGAAUCCUACCUUUAUCCCGCCACCCUACGGCGUGCUCAGGUCCUUGCUGGAGAAUCCGCUGAAGCUCCCCCUUCAUCAUGAAGACGCAUUUUGUAAAGACAAAGACAAGGAAAAGAAGCUGGAUGAUGAGAGCAAUAGCCCGCCCGUCCCCCAGUCGGCAUUCUUGGGACCCACCUUAUGGGACAAAACCCUUCCCUAUGACGGAGACACUUUCCAGUUGGAAUACAUGGACCUGGAGGAGUUUUUGUCGGAAAACGGCAUCCCCCCCAGCCCAUCUCAGCAUGACCACAGCCCGCACCCGCCUGGGCUGCAGCCAGCGUCCUCCGCUGCCCCCUCCGUCAUGGACCUCAGCAGUCGGGCCUCUGCACCCAUUCACCCCGGCAUCCCAUCCCAGAACUGUAUGCAGAACCCCAUCAGACCAGGUCAGCUGCUGCCGGCAAACCGUAACACACCAAGCCCCAUCGACCCCGACACUAUCCAGGUCCCAGUGGGGUACGAGCCAGACCCGGCCGAUCUCGCCCUCUCCAGCAUCCCUGGCCAGGAAAUGUUUGACCCUCGCAAACGCAAGUUCUCUGAGGAAGAACUGAAGCCACAGCCCAUGAUUAAGAAAGCCCGCAAAGUCUUCAUCCCCGAUGACCUGAAGCAGGAUGACAAGUACUGGGCGAGGCGCAGAAAGAACAACAUGGCGGCCAAGCGUUCCCGAGACGCCCGGCGGCUGAAGGAGAAUCAGAUUGCCAUCCGGGCUUCGUUCCUGGAGAAGGAGAACUCGGCUCUCCGCCAGGAGGUGGCUGACUUGCGAAAGGAGCUGGGCAAAUGCAAGAACAUACUUGCCAAGUAUGAGGCCAGGCACGGGCCCCUGUAGGAUGGCAUUUUUGUGGGCUGGCUUUUGAAUAGAUGGACAGUUUGUUUCCUGUCUGAUAGCACCACACCCGAGCCAACCUUUCCGACAUCAGCACUUUAGCAGAGGCAUCAACACAACUGACACAUUUUGGUGUGUGUGCGUGCGUGUUUGUGCUGGUGCUUGUGUGGUCAAUGGUGUGUGGGCGUUCCUUUUGCACUUGCCGUUCUAAGAGAGCCCUCUCGUCCUCUUUGAGUCCCCCCAACCCCAAAAGAAAGGUGCCAUGUUUUUACUGGACUUCGGAGCCCCCUCUGGGGUUUCCUGCCACUCCCUUCUUCCUCACCCUCGCCCUUUCAGCGUUGCUUCCUGUUCUUCUUCACCUACUUUUCGGGGACCCUCCGCUUGGACCCCCUAAAAGGGCCCCGGUAGCAUAGUAGAGCUCAGUUUUCAAGACUGCAGCCUCUUGUUUCUGUUUAAUCUGUAAGUUGCCAUGCUGAUUAGGUGCGGUGGAUAAUUUAGCACUACACUGCUGCUCAGUUCAGUUAUAGGUUGCUUUCCUCAUCUUUUCGGUUCUGGUGGUAAUCGUCUUCAAAUUUAAAGUGCUGUUUAGAUUCAUUAAGAUCCCGUAUUUACUUACUGCUCUCUACUAAGUUUCCUUUUAAUUCUACCAACCCCAGAUAAGUAAGAGUACUAUUAUAGAACACGGAGUGUGUUUUUGCACUGUCUGUACCUAAAGCAAUAAUCCUAUUGUACGCUAGAGCAUGCUGCCUGAGUAUUACUAGUGGACGUAGGAUGUUUUCCCUACCUAAGAAUUUCACCGUCUUUGGAAAAACAAAAAUUAAUGCACUCGAGCAUGCCCAGAACAUCCCCAGGACAGGGAAGCAGAGGGAAAUGCCAGGUCUGAGAAGGAGGGGUUAAUUUAUCAGUCAAUAAGACAAAAAAAAUGCAUCUUGGAACAGCUUUUGACAAUGACAUGUUUGAUCCCAUACCCCACCUCCCACUUUUCUAGUAAAAGUUUUCCAUGUCCCUCUUGAUAUUCAAACAACUCAGUUACUUAAGAUUCAGUUUUUCCUAGUUUUUGUAAUAUAUAUUUUUUUGUGAAUUAUAUUUGCUGUUUUUAAAAAAUCAGUUAAUUAAGUUAAUAAGUUGAUGUUUUUGUAAGACCCUUCUCCCUAGUGGUGUCAUUUUUGAAUGCUUCAUAAAUUAAUAAUUCUGGAGCUUAUGUUUCUUAAUGUUUCUUAUUCUCUGUUUGCUUUUAAACAUAUGUGCUCUUAUAAAGUGGACUUCUGAAAAAUGAAUGUAAAAGACACUGGUAUAUCUCAGAAGGGGAUGGUGUUGUCACAAACUGUGGUUAAUCCAAUCAAUUUAAAUGUUUACUAUAGACCAAAAGGAGAGAUUAUUAAAUUGUUUAAUGUUUAUACAGAGUAAUUAUAGGAAGUUCUUUUUUUGUACAGUAUUUUUCAGAUAUAAAUACUGACAAUGUAUUUUGGAAGACAUAUAUUAUAUAUAGCAAACAGAAAAGGAAAAAUAUUCCAUGUUUUAAAGUUAUAUAGCAAAGAUAUAUAUUCAUCAAUGUUGUACAGAGAAGAAGCGCUUGGGGAUUUUGAAGUCUUUAAUAUUUCAAGCCAAUCACUGACACAUCAGCAUGUUUUUCUGCUUUAAAUUAAAAUUUCAUGACAGUAUCGAGGCUUAUUUUGACAAAUUCUGCUCUAAAACAUAUAAGAAGCUUUCUCGUUUCCUCUUAGGUCUCAGAAAGAAGUCAGUGAACGUCACCCAAAAGCACAAAAGAAUGUUAGUCAAAUAUUUAUUGGAUGAUACAGUAUUUAGGAAAAGCAUCUGCCACAGAAAUAAAUGUUCACUUCAAAAUUAUGAGUUGCUGGAAUGGAAUAUCACUGCAAACACCCCAAAUGGUUCUGUCCUCUGUGGGCAUAGGCAUCUUCUGCAGUAGAAGGUUGAUAUCGGUGCUAUGUGUAUGGUUUAUAAUCAGGUAGAUGUUUUGACUUUAAAGGUGAUUAUUCUUUUGUUUUACUAAGUUGUGUAAUGUCAAGAGAUUCUGCUGUUACCGCAGAGAAACAUUUUAUGCUAGAUUAAAAUACCCUUCACCCAUGGGAUUUUCUAGUUUUCUGCCUCCCAAAUAUCUAAUUCUUAAAUUGCUUGGUGGUCUCCUUGUCAGCCCACCAGCAGUGCUUCCCUCCCAGAGGGGUGUAGCCAUGGAAAACCUGCCUAGGAGGCUAUUCCUACUAGGUAUGUCUUUUGGCCUCAGCUAGAUUAUGGGGGAAAUGGGUGCACUCUGGAAUAGAAACAGAUUGUUCUGGUAAGUAAGUUAUGAAACAAAGCCAUUGGCAACCCUAAGCAGAACUUUGCAAGUGAUAUUCAAAAACACAUGUGGACACAGGUUUGGCCUUUUUAUUGAGGUAAAGAGAGUAGUUGAACAGGAUUGUUAACCUGGUAGUGGUGGCCAAAACAUACACAGAUGACCUCUUUAAGUGGAGAAAUAUUGAGAGGCUAUACUUCCAUUGAUGUGUAAAAUGGUAGCUAAGAAUCUGUAUGUGAGCACUGGUCAUUCUUAGAAUUCAGUUGUUUGUACCCAAUGAGCAUCACCCAUGUUCUCUGCAGAAGAAAUAAAAAAGUCAUUCAAAAAAGAAAUAACUCCUUUGCACUCCAGGAGAGAUUUCCAAAGCCUACCUCGUCUUAAAUAUGUUUAAACUUUGGAGCCUGUGCAGGUGCCUUCUGUGCAGGUUGUUGUUCCCAGACACGCCUGAGCACUCUUGCCUGGACUUAGCCACCAGUCCAGGGCAGCUAACUAGCAAACAAAGCAGUUCUGGUAAAUGCAUGGGCGCCAUGGCCCGAUUUGGAAUGAUUUGGAUCAACCAGGGUCAAAUGAGUUCUCCGGACUGCAGCUAUUCUAAGAGUCCUGUUGUCAUUUUUCACCUCUUCAUCAUAAGCAUCUUUCAGAGAUUAAUUACUUGACCAUUAAAAAUGAAUCCAAAUCAUACCAUGCCAAAAUAACUUAGACACUAUUUGGAAUGAGCAGCCCAGGGCUUCCAGACAAGGUCACAUCAUCGUUUGCCAUUGCCUGGACUUGCAAAGAAAGAUCAGAAGUGACUGGCCAAUCCUGCUCUGUUCCUGGUAGGGCUGGGUGGGGGCGGGGGACGGCUUCCUUCUCUUGAGAAAGGGGCACCUUUUCAGCAUUUUGAAGUUUGAGCCUUCAAACCCCAUAUUGGCUAAGACCAUUGUGAUAGUCUUUUCUUCUUCAAAUAUAAGUAGAAGGACCACUCAUUUCAGGAGCAUGUGGAUGGGGUUCCAGCAUUGAGUGGGGAGGAAAAUACACCAGAGGUGCCUUGGAACUCACCAGUUAUGGGAGAGACUCACAAUAAUCAUAAGUGUGUGUUUAACGCUCCCCCACCCCGAUUAUUUUUUUAAUAGCAAAAAAUAAAAAAAUAAAAAUAAAAUAAAAUAAAACAAGAUCUGGAGUCUGCUUUUGGAAGAAUCCAAAAGAAUUUGAGGUGGAUUCCUUGUCACCUGCUCCAUGGAACAAUAAGAGAUGUCCUGUAAAAUGCGAAAUUAUGUUUUGCUUUUUGUUUAGUAGUUUAUUUAAUUUUUCCCUUCAAAACUUUAAGAAAACUCAAAACUUGACCAGAGUUCAUCAGAGUGAUCCCAAGGCAGGCGGCUUGACCCCCUUCACCCAUGUGGAGUGCAGAGGCCAGGAUUUAAUAUGGGCAGCAAGUGGCGGGUCACUGGAGACCAGGGGCACAGCUUUGCACCCUGCAGCCAGCUUCCUGCUGAGGGCACCAGGGUGCACAUGGCCCAGGGCCAGUCCUCAUCCACGUCUAUAAUUAAUAAUGCCAUUUUUAAAAUGAGCAAAGCCUUAUCUUAGAUCUUGAUUGAUUCGAUCUGGGAACAUUCUAGAUUAGUACAUUUUGCAGAGCCAACUGUAUGCAUGUGAUGUAUGUGGGGAUGGGAGAGCGUUUGAUAAAGAAGGGAGGGAGGGAAAAUAUAUUUAAGACAAAUUUUAGAGCACCUGAUACAACAUCAUAAUCCAUCAUGACCCUUUUGGCAACACCACAGAGGCUGCAUCUGUUAAACGGGGUGCCAGUUCACAUGAGGUCAUUUUAAUUCUCUACCCUGAUUUGGUUGGUCUGUAUGCUGUUAAAUCCAAAUCUUU